CAUUGACUAUUAUGUUAGUCAUUAUGAGCUCUCCACGUAGAAAUGGUCGUUCAAUGUCUGGUUCCGAGUUUCAGGGCAACAUCAACUUUAUUGAAAUGGACAAGCAAAACCCGGUGCCGUUUUACCAAAUCAUCCCAUUGUCCUGGUUACUGAACCCUCGUAUUAUCGACCCGAAGCCACACUGAAUCCUCAAGUUUAUAAUUAUCAUCAAUCGCCAUGUGCUGUGUCGGUACCGUCAUCAUGACUUCCCCCGGCUGCAACCAUGCGCGACAGAACGGUUGGCAAGACACCGCUGUUGCAAGGCAUCUGAGCGACCUCAUAACUCGGUGCUCGUCUUGCAAGCCGGAUCAGGCUUUUUGUGGUAAACUUACCAUCGACAAUGCCUCCAACACUCAGUCCAGUUCUUCGACCCGCCGUUCCCGGGGAGUUCCACCGCCCCCGUCUUUAGCAUCAUUAAUUCAGCCCACUCCUGGCUCCCCCGCGAAAAAUACCCUCGACGGCAAGUGCAAAUUUUGCACUUCCUAUGAAUCAGAAAUUCGGCUGGCCGAUCACAUCAAACAAACCUUGAGAGAUUACAACAUGGCGUUGUUACUUGACGGCGCGCGCGUUGCGGUCCAAGCUGAAAUGGAGCGCGCAUUUCAGCGUGCUGUUGACGAAGCCGUUAAAGCGUAUGGCAUAGAUGGGAAAGGCCGGGAUAAAGCCCUCCGAACACUGGAUUCUGAGUAUCAGAAAGCUAGCGCCGAAAUUAGUAGGAUCUGUGGCGAACAACAAUUAGCACCUUACCGAGAGCUCUACGGCAGGUGAACCAGUUACUCUACACUACGAAAGCGCAUCACGAAUGACGAUUAACAUGACGAAUUCUGAAACGCUAUUAUCCAGAUCUGAGCGAGGAGUACGAAAAUAGAAUUUUAUUUUUACGAUUAUCUGGAAACGGGAUCGCGAUCAUCAUUCACUACGAAAUUAUUCACAGUACUACACCAGUAGGGACAAAAAGGAA